CAGCCUUUACUUUAAAACUUCUCUGUAACCGGAAGACGUGUUGUUUACAGGGUAGGUUUUUCCUGUUCCACGCAGCACGGAGCUAGCACAGAGAAAUGUAAUGACUUUUAUCCUCUUUGGAAGAUAAUUUGCUUUAUGAGAUUAAAUUGGUGCCUUAGUGCAACAACAACUUGAUAAGUUCCUUAGAGACGAAUCUGAGAAACGUCACUAAGUGAAUUCAGGGCAAUGGCGGCAAAUGAUCCAUUUCAGUUUCAAGAAUUUGAAGAAGCGUCCAGUUUGUUGGAAGCAGACAGAGAUGCUACCACCAUUACCAUUGAUGAUGACGAUACCAAAGCAGAAAAGCAAAGAAUGGCUGCUGGGUUCAUUCCUGAUGGUGACGACGAAGACAGACUUGCCAGUGAUGACAAGACAGAGCUUCUCUCUGGGCAAAAGAAAAGUGCCCCUUUCUGGACUUUUGAGUACUACCAACAGUUUUUUGACAUCGAGACCCAUCAUGUGAGGGAGAGAAUCAUUGGAUCAAUGGUACCUUGGCCCAGAAAGAACUUCAUUCAUGUCUACCUUCGAAGAAAUCCAGAUCUUUAUGGACCAUUCUGGAUUUGUACAACUCUUGUGUUUGCCAUUGCCAUCAGUGGAAACAUAUCCACCUUUCUGUGCAAGUUAGGCAAGCCAAACUAUAAGUAUACCCCAGAGUUUGGAAAAGUGACCAUAGCAGCAACAGCGAUCUUUAGCUAUGCUUGGCUGGUGCCUCUCGCCCUCUGGGGUUUCCUGCUGUGGAGAAACAACAAGGCUAUGAACUUGGUGACCUACUCCUUUAUGGAGAUCAUCUGUGUGUAUGGAUAUUCCCUCGCAAUUUACAUUCCAGCAGUGGUCCUAUGGAUUCUCCCAUAUGAAUGGCUGAGGUGGUGCUCCAUCAUGGUGGCUCUCUGCCUCUCCGGCUCAGUUCUGGUGAUGACUUUCUGGCCAGCAGUCCGGGAUGACCACCCUAAAAUUAUCAUAGCAACCAUGUUAGCUAUUGUUAUUCUCAACGCUCUGCUCGCUGUUGGUUGCAAGGUCUAUUUCUUCAGCAAACUCGAAACACUAAUACCAGUUGAACAUGCUGCAGUGCCAGAGGUGAUCAAGACCACACAUGCUGCAGCUACACAUUCAUCAUGAAAGCCCUUCAUUGUCUGAAGGUUCUCCUGUUGCCUUAUUAGAGAGAAUCGGGUUGCUGUGUUGAUGAAGUCAUGGGUCAUCUGGAUUUCACCUGCACUUGGACAUUCUGGCUUGAGACCUUUAAAAGCCUGCAGUGUGUACACUUGUUUGGACUGUGUGACCUCUGAAAAUGAACACUGGUACCAAGUAUGUUAUUUUGAAUGGGAUGAGUUCUACGCUUCCUUAAAGAUAAAUGGGGUUUGUUGUCACACAGUAAAUAUGUUCUCUUUUAGUACGGUAGUUUUUUGUUGUAUAGUUCAUCUGUUGAAAUAUUUAGAUAACAGAUCUGUGGAGUUAUGUUGGUGGCAUCAAAUACAUUUUGUAUAUGCAUUUUUUUUUAAAUAUUCCGUUAAUGGGAACUGGCUAGGAUACUUUGUGUAUAGGUUUUUUCUGUACAAACAGCACAAUGAUUAUAAGUGUUUGUAAGAUAUUCAAAGGUUGGGCAUAUUAUGUACAAAUAGAUUUAUUGUACAUUCCUCUAACUGAUUUAACCUUAAGUGCCCACAACUAAUGCCAAAGACCUGUUCUGAAUGUCCAAGGGACUUCUAACUUGUGUAACUAUUUUUUAAUCAAUCUGUUUUUAUUGUGAAACACUGCAUUUGAUAAAAUGUAAAAUAUGUUUGAUAUGUUGAGUUUCCUCAUAGGAUAAAAAAAACAUGGUCUUUGUGGGAUUUACCAUGACGAAUGAAACCAUCAUUUCUCUUGACAAUGAUCAAUUUACAGUCAACUCAGAGCCUUCAGUCGCCAAUAAACUCAACAAACAGAUUGUUUGCAUGAA